UAGUUAUAACAGACAGGUAAACAAGAAUGUAAACAAAACAAAAAAUGCCUGAAAAGCACCUUUGAAAGAAACUGCUAUCUUGUUAGAACACAAAUAAUACUGUCUUAGAAGUAUCGUAAACCUAAAAAAACACAAUUAAGAAACUUUCCUGUCUCCACAAAUGUGUUGCUUCGAUCUUCUUGCCAAAUUUCUGACUGCUUUUAGGGAGCGUAAAAAGUGUUAAAAAGGAGAAUUUAAAGAGCUUUAGUUUCUUUCUGGUCAUUUAUCCAAAAAUCAGCUCCUCAUCUGGGUCCUUUACCUUAGCGGAAACUUGUCCCUGUGCUAACGGGGCCCCGACGGGUUUCUUUUCUCUGUGCUAGCUGGUAUUUCGUGCGCGGUUAACACCGUUACAAAUAGACAGACGGACGACGGCUAUUAUUAUAGAAAUAGAUUAAUAAACAUUGUAGUAACACUUCCUACUUUCGAAAUAACUUCCACUUAAAAAACUCUCUUAAAAAAUAAACAAAUCUACAAUUUUUAUUUUUUAAGUCAUAAGACGUAAACAUGUUCGUAUAAUACUACCUACAGGAAAGUGCUAAAAUUUGAUAAAAAACAGAAAUAAGCGAAUAGCUAUUUAUUGAAGUUUAAUUAUACUGGAGUCAGGAACUGGCUAACACCAUACAAACAGAAAAAGCAUGGGAUGGUCUCUUCGAGGGAUGUUGCUAGCAGCAGGGAUCAUUGGGGCUGGUUUUGCGAUUGGCUCAGCCCCUUUCUUGAUACCACAUAUGUCGCCAAAAUUUUUGGCUUUCUUUGUCGUAGUAUGUGGGAUAGUAUGCUUCUUGAACCAGUACAUAGCAAUUCAUAUGGGAAAUAAGUUGAAAAAAAGACAACAGCGAGAAAAAGAAAGAGUGAUGGAAAAAAAGCUCCAGCAGGAAAGAGAAGAAAAAGAAAAAAUUAUACAUGAAAAAGAAGAAAUGAAAUCGAAAGAAAAAGAAAGAUUAAAAAAAGAAGAACAAGACACAAUGGAACAAACACGGAGGCUCAAAAUUGAUCUAAAAACUUGUUUCGAAGAAGUCCGUGAUAAACUUGUGCAAUGUUGUAGAGAGGUUGAGGUAGAAAUACGGAAAACUGACGAUGACUUGGGUGUUUCUGAAAUGCGCUCGAAAUUUAACUUACUCAAGCAGGAUAUACAAGUUACAUUAACAAACUUGUCCUCUACGUACAGAGAGAGAAAAAAAGUUAUAGCGGAAUCUUUUGACCUGUUUAAUCAAUUGAAUGUUAUUGCCAUCUUUCAAAAAGCAACUAAAUCAAAGGCAAGAGAACUGGAAGUAUUUAAAAACAGAUUGGAACAGAUAAGGAAGUCUUAUGGAGCAACGCCAUUUGGCCGAUUUGCAAGAAAAAUUAAGUCUCUUUCAACACUCAUUAGAAAGAAAAAUGGUCUUCAGUUGUACAAAUUGCCAGUGGAAUUGAUAUUUUCGGAUGCAACUAACAAGUUCAAACUUUAUGAACUCGGCAAAGAAAAUCCUUCUAAGCAAAACAAACUUAUCAUGAUGGUGGGUAUGACAGGUGCUGGAAAGACCUUACUAAUCAAUAACAUCAUCAAUUAUGUUUAUGGAGUGAUAUACAACGAUACAUUUCGUUUCCAGUUAAUUCUUGGAGAAGAGGAGAUAAAAGAACAAGAUAUGGACACUUCGACAAACAAAGCAGAAAGCAUGACAAUGUGGAUCAACAUCUUUGUCUUGCAUCACCAGGAGGGCUUUCGAAUUAACCACAGUUUAACUAUCAUUGACACGCCGGGUUUUGGAGAUAGAUGUGGUAUAGAAUACGAUGACAAAAUUGUCAAUCAAUUGCAUCGAUUUUUUGGAAGUGAAAAUCCUUGUCCAGUAAAAGAACUUUGUUGCAUUGGACUUGUCAUCCAAGCUGGCCAAGGAAGAAUCACAAAAGAGCAAAAAAAUACUUUCGAUCAAAUUUUAAACAUCUUUGGGAAAGAAAUAAAAGAUAAUAUUUUUCCGUUGUUUACUUUCGCUGACGCUCAAGCACCUCCCGCUUUAGAAGUAAUGAAGAAAAACAAAAUUCCAUUUAAUGAGCAGGCGACUUUCAAAUUUAAUAAUUCUGCAUUGUAUGCUCCUGAUUAUGACGCAUACACUGAAUCCUCUUGGGUGUUUUGUUACAAAAGCUUAGAGAAUUUUUUCCGUUACCUUGGUACAGUUACUCCGACAAAUUUAGCCGUUACGAGAGACCUACUGAAACGAAGAGAUGAUUUAAAGUGCUUAUUCGAAUCUUUGCAAUUGCAAAUUGAGGAAGGAAUGAAUAUGCUUGAGAGUAUUAAAAAAAUAAUUACUGAAAUCCUGGCAUUAAAAGGCACAGUAAGAGCAAAUAAGAAUUAUAUGAUCAAAGUGAAAAGAUAUCCUCGAAUAUUCGCUGACCACAAUGCUACAGACUAUGAUCACUGUAUAACAACCUCCUGCUUUGAUUCAGGCUACAUCACCCGAGGUAACGAAAUGAGCUGCUCACCAACAACUGCUGGAAACCGUUCCGAAAAUUGUCUUUGGCAAAGUCAUUCAAAUAAAGAUAGAAAAUUUGUUUAUGAGGAGACUAACGUUGAAAUAACAAUCGAAGAGAUGAUGGAGCGAUAUCAAAUUGCAAUGAAUGACAAAGAAGGUAAGGAAAAACUGUUAGCAAAAGUACAUGAAGAAUUCAGAGUCUACAGACAAGGAACUUUCGAAGAUCUUUGCUCAGCUUCAUACGUGGCUAAAUCGCUUGAAGAAAUAACGUUUAACCGAAGUUCUCUUACAACUAUGACAUUUAUUGAAAGAUUGAUCGAGUCAGAAGAGACAAGCAGUCUGCCAAACAAAAACACACGACUUGAACAUUUGCAUGACUUCAGAGAAAUGGCUUUGGCGCUACAUCUACAAACUGUUUUGCUUUAACUGUGAGCAAAUACAAAGCCAUAGUUUGGGAUGUGAUAAUAAAAUCAUAGCUAAGAAAGGUGCUUUACCCUCUCGGUAGGCUGCGGUUUGGUAACAAAAUUAAAGAAGCAAGUUCUCUUGCACCACAUAGUAUAUAUAUUUUAUGAGUUAACAGAAGUUAACAAUUUAUUUUACAAUUUUUAUUAUAAUGUAUCAGAAGUUUAUCCAUAUUAGGAGCAAAAGUUUUUCCUGAAAGAUGCAAUUUUAAAUGUUGAUUGAGACGCGUAAAAUGAAACUUUCAGAGCUUUUUUCAAAAUGAACACAAUCAUCAAUAACCUUGAUGUUGGUUCGUCUGUUUUUUCUUUUGAGAAUUCGUACGUUGCAUCUUUCCCAGCCUCAUCUUUUAUUUGAAAUCUUUCUUAAAAUUCUAACUGCUACACACUUUUUAUAAAAAUCGUACUUUUUGGUUUGAGCUUUACCGACCAUUCUAAAUUGGCAAGCGAGAGCGAUAUCUACGUGACGUCAUCACGAGAUUUCUGGAUCAGAAAUCGUUCAACAAAAUAUUUAAAUGACUAGCUAUUUUAAAUCCCAUGUAUUUCUUAAAACCGAUAAGAACACAUUUCACAGAAAUAUUUACUUAUCCUUUGUUACAACGACAUAUCAGACAGUUCGUAGAAACUCAGAUAAAGCGUUAAUAAAAUGUAUCAAAAGAUUAAAAUGUGUAUUUUGCAAGGCUUAUUCUUGCGACUAAAUAAAAAAAAUUGAAACUUAUUUUCACGAGUGAAAAUACUAGUGAAGAAAAACGGAAACUAAUGUUUCACAAAUCUGUCGUUCGUAAUGUAUGAUAAGUGGUAGUGGAGUCAAGUACAAGUAAUUUUAGUUUUGAAGUUACUUAGGACGCACGGCAUCUGUUCAAAUUGCACAGCUUUACUGAGAUCUGCAUUCCAUUCCUAGAGACAAAUUUUAAAUAGCUUUCAAAGUCAUUAAAUUACCUUUUUUAAUACAGUAUGGUCAGGGCUUAUCUUGUGAUGACAACUUCAAUUCCAGGGCGCGUUAACCCCGUUUUAUAUAUCUGACAACUUAACAAAAAAAAUUUGGUUUAAUCUGUGAGCGUAAAGGCUGCUUUUCUCUUGUCUGGAUCGGACCGGAUCAGAUCGAGGGAAUCGAAUAAUAAUCCGAUCUAGAUUCAUGCAGCAGUCAUACAGCUUUGGCUAUACUUUUAAAUUUACAUCACGUGAUUAAACAUUUAACAACAUUAGAGAUAGGAAAGUGCCGAUGUUGGUGCAGAGCAUCCUUCAUAAUCUUAGGGCAACCCCUCGUUUAAAUUUCACGCUAUAGGCUCAAAGUACUUUCCGAUCGUAGGAUAGAGGGGAAGGGGGAUAGAGAGGGAGGGUAUAUAGGAAGGGCGGCUCAAAAUUGCCCCUUACCUCUUACCUCUUUGUUAUCUUAUGUAGCCUUAUAGCGUCCUCGCGCAUAGGUGCUUAUUCCAUCAUUAUGGAUAAUUCUUUUGUCAUCAUCUGCAUUGAGAGCGAGUUUGUUUGUUUUUAUGGUGUAAAUAUCAUGCCUCAUACUGUCAGGGUAACACAAAAUCCAUUCCAAUUUCAGGAAUGGAUAAUUGUCAACUAGCUAUCGAAACGCAUACCAUAUGCUAAAGGCUGUUGUCAUAGCCAUUACAAGAGCGAUCUUCUCAUCUUCAUGUGCAGUAGUAUCUUUGUGGUAAGGCUCGGUAAUAUGCUUAUAUGCUUAUCGGUAAUAUGUUUAUCAGUAAUAUGUUUAUCAGGAAUAUGCUUAUCAGGAAUCUUUUUAUCAGGAAUCUUUUUAUGUGAUUCAGCUGUUUUUUCAGUCGCAUUGACUUUUCGAUUAAUUCCAAUCGUCAGAUCUUCACCCGAUAUUAAAAUUUUGUUGUUGUAACCUACCACCCCUGUUUUAAUUUUGAGAUUCAUGUCACUAGGUAACAUAUAAAUGCCUUGUCCAACUGAAUAAUCAACUUUGCUUGAAGCGUAAUUUAAUGUAUCCUAAUAACGUUUAAUGUCAUCUUGAAUAUCAACCCUACGGUUAACAAUGUCUUCAAAGUUGUUCAUAAAAACUCUUUGAGCUGUCAAAGCGCUUGAAUUAUUACCUAAGAUAGAAGAACGGGCUGAGGCCUGCGAACUAAGAACAAGAUAAGCAUAUGCUCUGACAGUGUCUGAAAUUUUUACAAGACCUAUUUU